AUGUUUCGUAGUGUCUUACAGUGUUUUCUUCUGUUAAUUCUCUACGGGAUCAGUCAUCAGGGAGAUGACUUCAGCAUGCCCAGUGCCGCAUGGCUAGAAUAUCAGCGAGAGCGAUUUGGUGUCAAUAAUCCACAGAUAAUGAUGAGUUCCACAAAGGCACCACUGAACCUUAAUGUGGAGGUGGUGACCCCCAAAGUGGAGACCACAUCCAGGAGACACUCGUCAAAUGCGCCGGAAAAUGUCAGUGGGGAAUCAAGCGAGGAGGAGACCACCGAGCAGCCUUCAGAGGAUGGUGAUGGCAUCGAGUUGCCCAGCAUGCAAGGAUUUCUCAAGUUCCUUAAGACCUUGCAGAAGACCUGGAUUAAUAAAUCGGCCCUUAACUUUGGCAAGAAGAUAAAGCUGCUGCAAAAUUUACGUGACAAUCUUAUGCGACUAAUUGAGCAACAAUUUGCGGCACUUUGGCAGCCUCCGGAGCGGAAAAGGCGACGUCGCCGUGGAUUGCUGGAUGACUCGGAUAUAGACUUCCCACCCGAGGCGGCCAUUAUGACCAUUAACUUUCUCACCUUUGCAGUUUUUCUCAUCAAACUGGUCAUGCAAGUGAUAAAGAUCGUGAAGAGCAAGCAUUACACUUUGUCCGGAUUCAGCCUUACUCCGGAAGUUGUCCAGCGAACAUAA